AUGGCUUUUUCUACUUUCGUUUUUCUGACACUCCUUGGAUCCGCUUAUGCGGCCAAUGAUUGGAGCAAGCCGUGCCUGUCUGGAGAGUGUUUUUAUGAUUUGCCCUCGUCUGAUAACGGUCCUUCUGGUACUUUAAAGAUUUGGGGUCCGUCGGACUCCAUCUCUGAUAUUACAACUGCUGCUGGCUGGGAGAUCAUCGAAUGCAAGAAGGACGCGCUUUCUCAGGAUAUCCGUCUUGUCUGCACUGGUGACGCCAAAUGCGCGCAUCUUUACAAGAGUAUCGGCGCGGUAGGCAAGAUCGUUCGAUUGCCUGAAAGCUGCGGAUCCAACGCCUUUGCACACGUUUCUCGAGCUUGGGUUCCAGAAGACCAGUCGAUUCCGGAGCACAUCUCGAAACGUCUGGUGCGGCGGAAUGGUGUACAGCCAGAGGUUAAAGCUCUACACCUCGAUACCGAUUUCGGUGCCCUCGACACGGCGAGAAUUGGGACUGUAUACUUUGCGUUGACUGGUGCUAAUGUCCCUGGUGCUAAAGACGUCGUGGACUUCCCUUCUGCGAGGUCGAAGCGGAACAUCUUUAAGAAAGCCAAGAAUUUUGUGAAGAAUGCUGCCAGCAAGGUCAAGGAGACCACUACCAAGGUCGUCGACACGGUCAAGGAGACUACGAACAAGGUCGUCGACGCCGUCGUGGAUAAAGUCGAAGAUGUCAACACGGUUGAAGUGGACGAAUCGACGACCCUCCCACCUCUCACACUCGACAAGACGUUCACCCUUGUGGACCAGCAGCUGACCUGCCCACCGCUUGACGGUCGCUUGAAGAUUGACGUUGAUGCGAAGGCGAGGGCUGUUGCCACCAUCGGCGUUGCGGCGGAGGGAACCAUCGUUCCACCGAGGAUUACUGAUUUUGCUGUGAUUACCACGCUGGACGGCCAGAUCGAUGGUGCGGUUGAUCUUUCGGCUGGUCUCACUGGAUCGAUCGAUUCUGGGAAGAUCAAGCUUGUCGAGCUGGGUAUUCCAGGACUCGAUUUCCCUGGGUUUAGAAUCCUCACUAUUGGACCCACCUUCCGAGUCGAUGCUCAGGCUAAUGCCCAACUCGACCUUAGCGCUGACGUUCAGGUUGGCAUUAGCUACACUCUGAACAAGGCCACGCUUGUCUUCCCCUCCGAUAGCAAGAAGGCUCAGGCGCAAGGCGGAGCGUUCAAGAUUGGUGAUACUCCCCUCAAGCUCUCUGUAGUUCCAUCCGUCAAAGCCACCGGCACAGUCGAAGCCCACCUCAUCCCCAGCCUCAAUCUCGGCAUUUCGGCGCUUGGAGGGGUAGCGGAUGCGAGGGUCUUUGUGGAGCUCGACGCUUCGGCUGCGAUGAAGCUCGAGUUGGAGGGUCGUGCUGAGGCUGGUGUUACCGUCAACCGAGCUCCGGCUCAGCAACAACAGCCCCGUGCCAUCGAAGCUCCUCCCGCGAAACGCGAAGUCGCCAUCCGGGGAUCCAAUGCCCUCGGAAACGCGUACUUUGCCCGCCAGUUGUCCACCCAGACGAACGUCAGUGGAGGGUUUGGAGGCUGUUUUGAGAUUUUGGCUGGGUUGGAUGUUAAUGCUGGCGCUGAUGCGGAGUUUUUUGGGUUGUUUGAUGCUGGAACUAAGGUGCCCUUGUUCAAUAGGGACUUUGAGUUGUUCAAGAGGUGCUUUGGAAACCAGGCGCGGAUUCAGAGGCGGGUAGUUGGUCGGUAUGCUCGUGUUGUUGUCGCCCGCUCGUCUGUUGAGGGUGGGAGGUUAGAGAGGAGGUUGGAGUGCCCGGCUGGUGUGGAGCAGGAGGUGGCGCCUGAGCCGCUUGUGGAUGAGGUCGUGCCCGCUGCUCAGGGAUAUGGAAUUUGA